AAUCCGGAGCCGCGGCUGUGGCUCCCUCCUCCUCCGGUGCUUCGGAUGGGUUUCGCGGCGGCCUCCGCUGCCCUCGGCGCCGUCAGGGUGAGAUUCGCACCCAGCCCCACAGGGUUUCUGCACCUGGGGGGCCUGAGGACUGCCUUGUACAACUAUAUCUUUGCCAGGAAGCAUAAAGGAUGCUUCAUCCUGCGGCUGGAGGACACCGACCAGAGCCGGGUGGUGCCCGGAGCGGCCGAGGGCAUCGAGGACAUGCUGGAGUGGGCAGGCAUUCCCCCGGAUGAGAGCCCUCGCCAAGGAGGCCCAGCUGGCCCCUACCAGCAGUCCCAGCGCCUCAGCCUCUACAGGGAGGCCAUCGAAUUGCUCCUGGAGAAGGGCGCUGCCUACCGCUGCUUCUGCACCCCACAGCGCCUGGAGCUCCUGAAGAAGGAGGCCCUGAGGAACCGGCAAACGCCCCGGUAUGACAACAGGUGUCGCCACCUGAGCUCCCAGCAGGUGGCUGAGAAAAUGUCUCAGGGCGUUGACCACACGGUGCGAUUUCGCCUGAAGGAGAACGCAGAGCCUUUCUGCGACCUGAUCUACGGCUGGAGCCGGCACGAGGUGGCCAGUGUAGAAGGGGACCCUGUGAUCCUGAAGAGCGAUGGGUUCCCCACUUACCACCUGGCCAAUGUGGUGGACGACCACCGGAUGCACAUCAGCCACGUGUUGCGUGGGACGGAGUGGCUGACCUCCACCUCUAAGCACCUCCUCCUCUACCGGGCAUUCGGCUGGGACCCCCCUCACUUUGGCCAUCUCCCCCUCCUCCUCAACAAAGAUGGCAGCAAGCUCUCCAAGAGGCAGGGAGACAUCUUUGUUGAGGGGUUUGCUCAAGAUGGCUGCCUUCCGGAGGCCCUGCUGGACCUCAUCACAAACUGUGGCUCUGGGUUUGCAGAGAACCGGAUGGGGAGGAAGCUGCAGGAUCUGGUGAAGGAAUUUGACAUGGGCAGAAUUGAAAGGCACUCUGCUCUCUUGGACCUGGAGAAGCUCACUGAAUUCAACAGGAUCCACCUCUCUCAGAGGAUCGGUGACGAGACCUUGAGGCCGCAGCUGGUGGCAGAGCUGCAGGCUGCUGUGGAGGAAGCCUAUGGGCAUCAGCUGGUGGAUAGAGGGGUCCUGGAGAAGCCCUAUGUGGAGCAGGUGCUCCUCCUGAGGAGAGGCCAUGUCAGCGGGCUGAAGGACUUGGUGUCACCAAAAUACGCUUUCUUGUGGAUCCGGCCCUCUGUGUCUCAUGAGGAACUACAAACAAUUUCAGUUGAGGCAGAGAAGAUAGGAAUGCUAGUCCUCAGGCUGCUGGAACGGCCGGUGGCUACUCUGACCACGGAGGAGCUCAGCAAAGACCUGCGGCAGCUUCCAGAGCAGAUCAGAGGCACCCCAUACAGCAGCGUGAUGAAGCUGCUCCGCUUGGCCCUCAGCGGCCAACAGGAAGGGCCUGCCGUUGCCGAAAUGAUGGUCUCCUUGGGACGCAGAGAGGCCUGCGCUCGGAUCCAGAGGGCCCUCUGCAGAUGACCAUGGAGACACAUGAUGGAGAUGGAGCGAAAGACAAGCAGUCCGUGGGUUUGGAGGGAAGCUCUUCUUCUGGGUGUCUUGCAGUCCUGGGAUUUCAGGACGGGAGGACGAUGGUGAUGGUGCUUGCGCAGGGACUUCUGCAAGACUUGUGCGAAGUGCAGCAUGCCUCAUGGAAAGUGGCAACUUUUGCAAAUAAGCUAUGGCUUCCUGGUUCUGUGGCCCAACAGGAUAGGAACACAGCUUCAAAUGUGAUGUUUGUGCACACAGCAUUAAUAAAGUUGGAAAGCCUGAAGACUA